UCCAGGCGGAAGUUCAGUCUUAUGGUCGGGCGGCAACCUUCGCGGCAGCUACCUCCUUUUCUCCGAGCGCGGGAGGCAGCGACGGGAAUAAUGGAGGCGGGCACCAUUGCUGAGAGCGGGUUGGAGAAAAGCCUGCCCUUGUCAGAAGCAGAUGGGGAUUCCAACGGUGGCAUCUACAGUAACUUCAUGAAGUCGCAUCGCUGCUAUGACCUCAUCCCAACGAGCUCCAAACUGGUGGUGUUUGACACAUCUCUGCAGGUAAAGAAAGCCUUCUUUGCACUGGUGACCAAUGGUGUGCGGGCUGCCCCGCUCUGGGACAGCAAGACACAAAGCUUUGUGGGAAUGCUCACAAUCACAGACUUCAUCAACAUCCUGCAUCGCUACUACAAAUCAGCCAUGGUGCAGAUCUAUGAGCUGGAGGAGCACAAGAUUGAGACGUGGCGAGAAGUCUACCUGCAAGACUCCUUCAAGCCGCUGGUCUGCAUUUCCCCGAGUGCCAGUCUGUUUGAUGCUGUCUCCUCUUUGAUCCGGAACAAGAUCCACCGGCUGCCUGUCAUUGACCCCAACACAGGAAACACGCUCUACAUCCUGACACACAAGCGCAUCCUCAAGUUCCUCAAGCUCUUUAUUGCAGAGUUCCCCAAGCCGGAAUUCAUGUCUAAAACCCUGGAGGAGUUGAAGAUUGGCACCUACGAAAACAUCGCAAUGGUCCACACCAACACCCCGAUCUAUGUUGCGUUGGGCAUCUUUGUACAACAUCGGGUCUCUGCACUGCCUGUGGUGGAUGAUUCAGGCCGGGUCGUGGAUAUUUACUCCAAGUUUGAUGUCAUUAACCUGGCAGCAGAGAAAACGUACAACAACCUGGAUGUGACCGUGACCAAGGCACUGCAGCAUCGGUCCCAAUACUUCGAGGGCGUGCUGAAGUGUUACAAGCACGAGACGCUGGAGACGAUUAUCAGCCGGCUGGUGGAGGCAGAGGUUCAUCGGCUGGUGGUGGUGGAUGAAAGCGAGGUGGUGAAGGGCAUCAUCUCUCUCUCGGAUAUUCUGCAAGCCUUGGUCUUACCUGGCGGCCAGAGGCCUGGAUUGCAGGAGGGCUGAACCUCCUGUCAUGGGCCCAAAAUUUAGCACAGCUACCUUUCCUGCAUUGCUCUCUUGCCCAAACAGUUGCAGCAUGAAAGAGGCUGUGCAGCCCAGUUACAUGCCAAUCCCCCGGGACAAAUUAUCCUGGUGUCUCCCGCCAAACCAGGCCGUACAUGACCACCUCCUCCACCAUUUCAGCUGCGAAGGAGCCCCAGGGCCUGCUGUCACUCAGCUCUAGGCAGGUUGGCUUAGUCCUCAGGGUGCAGUCUCUGCUGGGUCACACAGGCCACCCUUGGGUGAGCAGAAGGAAAGCCAUGCUGGAUCAGGCCAACGGUCUGUGGGAACUGAGGGGGUGGGAAUCGGGGACAGGCCUCCCGACAGAAUGUGAAAUAAAUGUGUGUGGAAGGAGCCACACGGCAAUCCCAAAACCAAAACGGAGACCUCCCCAGAGAGAUGCAGCUCUGGGAACGACCUCUGAGCGGCAUCCAGCAUGUUGAAACCAAGGAAGAGGCACCUCGCAACUCUCCAGUUGGGUGACUUGUGUGCUUGCACACUCUACAGCUUUGCAUGCCUUGUGCACGUAAAAGGAAGCGUGUGAGAGGGUGAGAACCACCACCUAGUGCCACUUGCAGCUUCCCUCAAGCCAUAUCCUUUCCUUCCCAGUCCCCCUGGUGUGUAUCUUGCCUGUCCUGGAGUUCCCACCUGCUGCCCUGCUCUGCAUCUCCCAGCAGCAGAAUCCAACUCCAUUCUGUAAGAUCCCUUCCCAGAACUGGCAGAUCUUUUCCCAGGCCAGAGCGGAAGAGGGGCAGUGACAAUGGGACAGUGACCAGCUGACCAGGGCAUUUGAAUUCCUGUUCUGUGUAGGGGGAGGCACAUUGGUUCCCUCUCUCCCUGGCCUGAGUACCUUGCUUCAGUCCUGCCAACCAGCUUAGUGGAAGGACUGCAGCCAGCCUUUUGCCUGUGCCCUGCUAGAAGAGGGAGCUUGCCUUUAGAUGCACUGUCACCUUUGAGACAGAGAGAAAGGGGCGUUUCUAAGAACCAGCACCUAGUUCUUCUCCCUCCGCAACCCAGAGGCCGAAGUGUAACCCCACCCCACACACUGCAAGAGUCUUUCCUGCCAUAAAUCUCGCCUCUUUUGCACAUUCCUACAAUCCCACGUAAAUGAUGCAUCAUGUAUUUUUAUAAAGCUGUAUUUCCUAUCUUGAAUUCUCCGUCCACAGUUCCUGCUUUUUGGGGCUGGGUCUCCAUGCCCCACCUCACCUCAGACUUGGAAGAGAGAGAGGGUGUGUGUUUUUUAAAUUCAGGUCCAUGCAAGGGAUCCUCCUGAAGGCCCUUUCCCCUGUGUGGUGUCAACUGUUGUUUUCUUGAGAUUCUGUACUUAAUAAAUUCAAAAUGUCACGUUUCA